GCCGCCUGCCCCUAAUUUGAAAGUCGUGGUUUUGCGUUUCAGCGCCAGGGUGGGCAAGGAUGAUCAGAAUCGAAAGCCGUCAAGGAUGGAUGGCGCUUUAAAGUUGUCUUGGGAUGAUGCACGGUGAAUCGUCGACCAUCUUCUUAGUUCACACGGCCGCCACGGGAGACCGAGCCAUCAAUUCGUCAAUCCGCGACAGCCACUUCCCUCUCUUUUCCUCUUUACACUGACCACACCCCAUUGUUACGUGUCGCACCCUUUGAAUCCUGUCACUGAUAUCUGCUGGAAUCCGGAUCUCUCUGUGCUGUCAUGAGAGACUCAGUCCUGUGAAAUUUCCUCGUCCGGCCUGUCAAGACCUCAAGCCGCGAUGUAUUCCGGUGCCGUUUCCCUCGCCGUCUUAGCAUCUUUCCUCGUAAAAUGCGAAGCUUUGACGAAUGGAAACCUCUCAGCAGUCAACCUCACUCCUAGGAUAACAUCUAGCACUGUCGCCCCAGGCUUGGGUGCAUAUAUCCUCGCUGCGCUAGGACAAACACCGACAUACACCAACACCACGACGCCAUCUGGUGCGCCGAACACUACGACGACCUCGACGAAUGGCUCGUCAGACACUUCAUUGACACCUAGUACAAUCUGCUAUCCUGGUAGCAACAGAUGCUUCGAUGAUGUCUACUACACGAAACCAUACAUCGACAGAACUGGCAACGGCGCAGCAUACGCAACGUCGUGCUCGAGUAUAAGCUCGGUUUAUAAUUCAGCAUCCAAUUCCUGGGUGGAUAAACACAGCUAUCAGACCAACUAUACCAACAUUCUGGGAGGCACUUCGUGGAUUCCGAUUACCUACUACGCCAACGCGACGACCCUUUGCGAUGGGCACGCGCGUGUCACUUACUCCCCCGCGAUAGUGCUUUCGUCAACUACUGUCGUGUCUGUUGGAACAGCGCCGUCGACUUCCUUAGGCACAGCAUCAAUGGGAUGGAUGUUCCCAAUCUCAUCACCUAUUUGCAGUGUUAAUCCUUCGGACUGUGACGGGCUCUGGCAAGCAUAUUCCACAUCCUCCUCUCAAUGGGUCGUUGCUGCCAACGCCACUCGACCUGCUGAUGCCGUGUUCCCGCUCAUCACACCAUCACCUUCUAUUCCUGCUUGUAUUAACUCAAGUGCCUCGGCUUCGAACGAGGCCUUCUCGAAGAGUUUCUACGGAUGUGGUCUUUGCACAAUCUUCGGUGACGAGGUUGAAUUGAUGUACUUCCCCGAAGCUACAUCUGUCUCACGCGACAUGUGUGCAACUACUCCGGCCGCUAAAUUGACGUCCUAUGGUAAGGAUGAUGGCGUACCUUAUACCGGUGCCGCUCCGUCAGACACUUGGGAUGGAUCCGGUACACCUCAGGAGACUGCUGUUGUCGGCGAUCACACCUUCACAUCUGGAACCGCGUACAUCUCGAUCAAAAAAGUCUGGGCUGUUGACCGAUGCAGCAGCAAGAUUGGCACGACUGUUACUGGUGCCAUUCUUGCCUUGCCUUCGGAUCGUUUAUUGAGUCUGCGUUACUCCCAGGAUCACUUCCAAUAUUUCGCCACUACCAACAAGAUUACUGGAUACCCCUUCAACUAUGCGGAUCUCAACACUCCUAUCCCUUACAGUGCUUGGAACGGACAGGCUAGAUGCGAAUUCCCUGGAGCUGCUGACUACAAGUGUAACGUCAUUUACGAGCACGACUACAACCCCCAAUUGGCCAUGCCUCCAGGUAUCAGAAAAUUGAAUCCGGAUUGGGAGGGUUGCCAAAUGUGGUAUGGAGGACUUUACGAUCCGCCGUACGCCUUGAAGCCUGGAACCACUAUUGCCUCGCCUACUCUCCCAUGGGCGAAACAGCCUGUAACGACCACUUCAGCAGAACAGGCUUCCACGGCAAGACCCACCACAGCCUCAGCUACUGCUCUUGCCGACCGCACAUCCGACGGACAGAACAAGGGCGAUACCCAACGCACUCAGGAGACUGGACAGACCCAACCCGUCAACACUGCUGGAAAUAAUGCACAAACACAGAACAGUGCCCAGAACACUCAAGCAGCGCAAAACACACAAGGAGGUGGAAGCCAGAAUAACAAUGGUGGGAAUAGCCAGGGCGGAAACAACAACGGCGGCAACGGACAGAGCUCUCAGGGCAACGGAAAUACCCAAGGUAGCAAGAACAAUAAUGGACCUGUUCAGAAUACCCAAGGAAGCCAAAACACUCAGGCACAGAACAGCCAAGGUGGCCAGAACACUCAGAGUGGAGCCCAAAACACUGCAGGUGGACAGACCCAAAACGGAGCUCAGAAUACCCAGGCAAGCCAGAACAACGGCCAAGCUGGUCAAUCUCAAAACGCAGGAAGCCAGGAUCACUGGAAUCCGGCUCAAGGUCAGAGCACUCAAGGAGCCCAGAACAACCAAGGUUCCAGUACUGCGAAUGGAGCACAGCAGAGUCACGGCUCUCAGGCUCAAAGCGGUUCUACUGGUGGCGUCUCGCAAGCAUCCACGAAACCCCAUGUUUACAUCUUCACGGCUGGCACGUAUACAUACACUGCCACCAAGACUAACACCGUAUACGUAUGCGGCACAGAGACUGUGUCUGUCGGUGGGCCCGCCGUGACUCUUCCUGUCAACUGUGUCAUCAGUGCCGCCACAGAUGGGUUGAUUAUCAACACUCAGGCUGCUGCUGUUACGAAUCGUGUAUCUGCUGUCACUGCAUUGCCGGUCAUCACAAAGGCGGUCAUCGUCACAGUCGGCACCAAGAUCCAGACUGUCUCUGAAGGAGCUUCAGGCGUAGUACAGAUUGGCUCGACAAGACUCACUGCUGGUGGGUCGGAAGCCACACUCGAAGACGGCUCCGUUGUCAGUGUCGGCAGCGAAGGCGUCAAGAUUGGUUCUACGAUUAUUAGAUAUUCGACCGUCACGCCAGCUCCUGCAGCUGGUCCCGACGUCAUAGUCUUUGUCGUCGGUACCAAGACGGUCACUGCAUCUUGCCCUCCUGGCAACACUAAUGAAGCUGUCAUUGGGACCGUGACAAUCACAGCUGGUGGAGCGAUUGAGACUCUUUCGGACGGCUCUCGUGUUAGCCUUGCAUCAGGUGGUACCAUUGUCGUUGAUGGUACCUCUGUUGCUGCAAUUGCUACCCCAGCAUCGGCAGUAGUGUUCAGUGUCAAUGGUCGUGCAGUGACGGCAUACCAAGCUUCUGGUGUCUCGAGCGUUGCAACAAUCGACGGCACCGUCAUCUCACGAGAUGGACCUGCCGUGACUUUGUCUAGCGGAGAAACCGUGAGCAUGGGCUCUGAAGGGCUUGUUGUUCAACAAGGUUCAACAACCGUACCAGUGUCUGCAUUCACAACCUUGUCUGGAGAUUCUGAUGGAUCAUCACCCUCAUCAGGGGCCUCCGGUUCUGGCUCUCGAUCUGGAUCUGUCACCGGUAGUGACGGUGUUACCCCAACGAGGUCCGCUGAACAGAACCAAAGCUCGCAAACAGCAACAGCAGGAGCAGCAUCGAUCAUCCGCUCCAACGCCGCGGCCGGUCUCAUGACAGCCGCACUUCUUAUUUCACCUCUUGUGUUUGCCAUUUACCUGUAAAUGUUCUUUUCUAAUUGCUUAUCUGGCGUGGCGUCAUCAUGGUGUACAAACUUUCAAGUCGGCUGAUCGCUUGCUUUAUUUAGCUCAGACUUGAGCAAAACAGAGGGAUGGUGUCACUCAGGUG